CCAUGCAUGUACCCCAACACAACAGUAGUGCAACACCAAUUCAAGCGCACAGCAGCAAAGCAAAGCUCUAGAUCGAUGAUGGGUAAGACGAUGGCAGCAGCUCGCCUGGCCAUGGCGGCCGCCGCCUGCUGCCUGGUGCUCCUCUCGUCGUCGGUCGGCACCGCUGUGGCGGCGGGCAGGACCGGGCGGAUCACGGUGUACUGGGGCCAGACGGCCAGCGAGGGCAGCCUCCGCAAGGCCUGCGAGAGCAACCUCUACUCCACCGUCAUCCUCUCCUUCCUCACCCGUUUCGGCGGCGGGCGCUACAAGCUCGACCUCACCGGCCACUCCUGGAGCGCCGUGGGCCCCGACGUCAAGUACUGCCAGUCCAAGAACAUCCUCGUCCUCCUCGCCAUCGGCGGCGGCUUCGGCGACUACUCCCUCGCCUCCAAGGCCGACGCCAAGGUCGUCGCCGACCACAUCUGGGACCUCUACCUCGGCGGCCGCUCCAAGCAGGCCCGGCCGUUCGGCGACGCGGUGCUCGACGGCGUCGACUUCGACAUCGAGCACGGGGGGUCCAAGCACUACGACGACCUCGCGAGGUACCUCAAGGGCUACAGCAGCAAGGGGAAGAAGAAGGUGUGGGUCACGGCGGCGCCGCAGUGCCCGUUCCCGGACCGGAUGCUGGGGCAGGCGCUCCGGACGGGGCUCUUCGACCGCGUGCACGUCCAGUUCUACAACAACCCCGUCUGCAGCUACCGCGCCGGCAACGUGGCGGCGUUCACCCGCGCGUGGAGGACGUGGACCGGGAGCCUGCCGCGGAGCUCGGUGUACCUGGGCCUUCCAGCGGCGCCGCGCGCCGCCGGGAGCGGGUACGUGCCGCCGGCGACGCUGGUGGCCAAGGUGCUGCCGAUCGUGCAGCGGUCGCGGAACUACGGCGGGAUCAUGCUGUGGAGCAGGUACUGGGACCUGCAGACCGGCUACAGCAGGGCCGUCAAGCACGCCGUCUGAUGCGUGUCAUUGUCAUGGAAACAAAUUAAAAGCUCGCCGUCGACGACCUGCUGCCAGCGGUGUGCUGCCUGCUACCGGAGUCCGAUCGAUCCCCUACGUUGCUAGAUAUAUAACAAGGGCCGUGCAGACGCAUGGCGCAUCAAUAACAAAACAGGUACACGAGUGGUGCGCCCUUGUAUCGAUCUUGUACGCAUGGAUCACACAUGUAUAGUAUGUGUGCUUUCCAGCAUUUGUAUUUUAGUAUGUAUGUAUAAUAUAUGUCGUGUAAUAAAUGGGGAUUAUACGUGUUCAUUUC